AUGGGGCAACCUCGUGAAAAGCGUCCUGCUCCUUCUGCGGAUGACUCAUUGAAUUCCGACCCUAAUCUUGAUGAUGAUCAAGAUGUUCGAACGCUGCUGGCUCAAGUUGUCGCCGAUAAUAAAGCGCUCAAACAAGCCUAUGCGGACCUCAACGCACGUGUUUCUCAGUUUCUCGAGAUCAACUCCAGCCUCGUUGUUGAGAACGCUCGUCUCGUUUCCGAAAACGAAGCCCUUCGAAACCAAAACCGCGCACUACAACAAAGACCGGCUCUCACUUCUCCCGUCAAAACCGCGCCGUCACUGCCUACCAAACUCGCCCAGCUCUCUUCCCAAGUUAAAAUGACCAAUGAACUUGCCUCGAUUCGCGAAAAAAGUUUUCAAGCGGUCAUUGAAAGACUCGACGACUCCAAGACUCCUGACCAAGACAAGAACGACAAGGACUUUGUCGAUGCUAUCUGUGCUGAAGCCGGUAUACCCUGCCCUGAAGAAGUUUUCCGCCACCAAUGUAACGCCAAACGCAGGCCACUGAAGAUUCGUUUUGCCUCCACCUACUCGAGGGAUCUGUUCAUUCGUCGCUUCCGUCAUUCGAUUCCUGUCGUCAGCCUCUCGUGUCCAUUGAAUCCACGUUGCAGACGCGACAUGACUUUAACCGAGUUAUCGCUUCUCCGCUCUCUGAGAAAAAAAGGCUUAUGAAGAUAACGUCAAGGCCGGAAUCUUCAAGUAUUUUGUGAGAGACCUGGAAAUCGUCGAAACUGACAAACCUAGAAAGUUUGUAGUUUCAACGAAGAUCAAAGAUCCGACCAUUGUCGAAACCCAGCCCGCGGCGCCUUCUUCCGUGCCUGAGGCAAAUGACAUGGAACAAUAG